CCCGUAACGCCCAGGCGCGCGAGGAGCCGCAGAGAAGCAACGUCGGCGCGGAGGGCACCCCGCCUCGUGCUCUCCCCAUGCCGGCCGCGCGGGCCUCCUCCCCGUGGCUCUGCGCGGCCCUGGCCUUGACCUGGGCCGCGCUGCUGUGGCCCGCGAGGGGCGCGCACAGAGGCCCCAAGAGCGCGCACAGCAGAGCGGUCGGUGACGCCGUCGACGCCGCCGCCGCCGCCGCUGGUGAACGAGGAGGAGGAGGCGCGAACAGCAACCACGUGGAGAAGCCGCGCCCGGUGGACGCCGCCUCCAGCCUGCGCGAGAUCGCGCUGCUCCAGGAGGAGCUGUGGAACCUGCACGAGGAAAUCCUCGAGCUCCACCGACAGAUCCACGGCCUCGAGAAUCACGACGCCGCCGAGCGCCGACGCGACCCGCAGCCGGGUCCCGACCGCGGGUCCGCGACCGCCGCCAACUCCAGCGGCGUCGCGCGAGUUGGCGGCGGUCGUGGACAGCAGCGGCAGCGGCAGGAGGAGCAGGAGCAGGAGGAGGAGGACGCCGCCGCAGAGGCGACCAUGCUGAGCGGCCGCGUGUGCAUGGACGCGAGGGGCCACGUGUACCGCGUGGGCGACAAGUUCACUGCGGGCACCUCGCGCUGCCCCUGCGUGUGCACGGCCCAGGGCCCGCUGUGCCCGCGGCCGCAGUGCCCGCGGCUGCCCCGCAGGUGCGUGCGCGUGCGUCACGGCGGGUGCUGUCCCGUGUGCAGGGAGGUGCGCAACUUCUGCGUGCACCGCGGACGCCGCUACCGCCUCCUGGACGAGUUCCAGCCGUCCCCAUGUGAGUGGUGUCGCUGCGGCUCCAAUGGCGACGUUCACUGCGCGCUGUCCGCGUGCCCCGCGCCCGACUGCGUGGACCCCGUGUACGAGCCACAGCGGUGCUGCCCCAUGUGCCGGCACGGUCCCAACUGCUUCGCGGGCGCGAUGGUGAUCCCGGGGGGCCGCGACGUGAGGGUCAGCGAGUGCCUCCUCUGCCGCUGCCCGGGCGCCGGCGAGUGGUGGCGCACCGACCACCACGCCGCAUGCGUGCGGCACGGCUGCUGAGGGGCGCGCACCUCCCCCCACCCCCCACCACCUCCACCCCCCUCCUCGGGGGAUCCUCGGCGGGGG